AUGGGUGACGAAUUACACAACCGCUUACUCAAACAAAGCGAUGGCACUAAGGACGCUAUCCUUUAUAAGAUAAUAGAAUCAUUGGUUUGCUCCAUCUGCCAUGAUUACAUGUUUGUACCGAUGAUGACCCCCUGUGGUCAUAACUAUUGCUAUGGAUGUCUGAACACAUGGUUUGCCAGCAACACCCAAAAAGAAUUGGCAUGUCCACAGUGCAGAUCAGAUAUCGUAAUUAUCCCCGCUUUGAAUACCACAUUGCAACAAUACUUAUCGUUUAUACUAGAUAGAUUGGGUAGUGAAGAUGAUGAGCCUUUCAAAAAACUAUUAAUAACCAAAAUCAAGGAGGAAGAUGAUUACAAGCUUGAUAAGGAGAAAGACACAUUAUUUGAGAAAGUGUUCAAGAAUAGUGCAUUGGCAGUGGCAGACGAUUCAGAUGAUGGUAUCACACGUUGUAGUAACUGUCAUUGGGAAUUAGAUCCAGAUGAAGUAGAAGACGGAAAUGUUUGUCCACACUGUAAUGCUAGAAUACGGAACUAUGCAGGUGGCCACAACGAAUUUGAUGAAGAAGAAUACAGCGAAGGAGAAUUGGAUGAAAUUCGAGAAAGUAUGCAGAGACCAAGAGAAAAUCGCUUGGCAUCUGCUAAUCCGUUCGCCAAUAGGGACAACUUCAGUUCUGAAGAAGAUAGUAGCACUGAAGAAGAACUCAUGCGAGAACACAUUCCACAGGGCCGUUGGGCCCGAUCACAUAAUCGUAGCAUCGCUGUAGACACAUCGGACGAUGAAGACGAUGAAGACGAACUAGAGGAAGGCGAGGAAGAGAUGGAUUCAGACUUAAAAGAUUUCAUAGAGGAUGACGAUGACGGAGAUGAAGAUGGAAGUAGAAGAAACAUGGUACUUUCCGCACUCAACAGUAGACGAGUAAUUAUUACUGACGAUGAGGAAGAAGAGGGACAGAGACAUAUUACAGGGGAAGAGGAGGAUCACGACAGUGACUUUUAUGAACACAAUGAUGAAGGAUUUGCAAGUGGUGACAGUCUCGAUGAAGACCGAAAAGUGGUUGCAGAGGUACAGUCAAGUUCAGAUUCCGAAGAUCGUUCAAUUUCUUAUCCAAGUUCUAAUGAUGUUGGAGAGAAAGAUGAACACGACACUGAAGAGCUGGAUGACCCGCAACCGAAAAGGCAAAAACGGUUCCGCGUUGUUCUAGGGGACAGUGAUGAUGAGUGA